UGGUUGUUUUGAAAAUGUCCUGUCGAUGACCUAACGAGUUAAUUUUGUCGAUCUGCUUAAUCUGGUCCUGAACAGAUGUGUUUGUUCUGUUACAUUCCAUUGCAUUUCAGUGACAACCUCUUCUUCUUUCUCUUUGUUUUGAUGUAGAAAGAAGCCGAAGGUGGAUUUUAAGUGAAACCUAAAAGUUGUAUCAGGAGAAGAUCACCUGACUCCAGCAAAUAUGGAAGGAAAACUCACUUGUGAGCAGUGUGGGAAGAGUUACACCCACAAGCAUCAGCUUAAAACACACCAACGCAUCCACAGUGGAGAAAGACCGUAUGAAUGUAAGCAAUGUGGGAAGACUUUCACCACCAAUAGUUACUUUAAGAAACACGUACGCAUGCACAGUGGAGAAACACCAUAUGAAUGUAAGCAGUGUGGGAAGACUUUCACCACCAGUAGUUACUUUAAGACACACCUACGCAUCCACAGUGGAGAAAGACCAUAUGACUGUAAACAGUGUGGGAAAACUUUCAUCCAAGUAGCAAGCCUUAACCUACACCUACGCAUCCACAGUGGAGAAAGACCAUAUGAAUGUAAGCAGUGUGGGAAGACUUUCACCCGAAGCACUCACCUUAGGACACACCUACGCAUCCACAGUGGAGAAAGACCAUAUGGCUGUAAACAGUGUGGGAAGACUUUCACCCAAGUAGCAACCCUUAAGGCACACCUAAGCAUCCACACUGGAGAAAGACCAUGUGAAUGUGAGCAGUGUGGGAAGACUUUCGCCCGUAUAAGUAAACUUAAGUCACACCUACGCGUCCAUAGUGGAGAAAGACCAUAUGACUGUAAACAGUGUGGGAAGACUUUCACCCAAGCGUCUACUCUUAGUACACACCUGCGCAUCCACAGUGGAGAAAGACCAUAUUCUUGUGAGCAGUGUGGAAAGACUUUCACCCAUGUGAGUGCUCUUAAGUCACACCUACGCAUCCACAGUGGUGAAAGACCAUAUUACUGUGAACAGUGUGGGAAAACUUUCACCCAAAUGAGUGGGCUGAUGGCACACCUACGCAUCCACAGUGGAGAAAGACCGUAUCACUGUGAACAAUGUGGGAAAACUUUCGCCCAGAGUAGUACCCUUAACGCACACCUACGUCUCCACAGUGGAGAAAGACCAUAUUACUGUGAGCAGUGUGGGAAGACAUUCACCCACAGUAGUAACUUUAAGUCACACCUACGCCUCCACAGUGGAGAAAGACGAUAUCACUGUGAACAGUGUGGGAAAACUUUCAUACAAAUGAGUACCCUUAAGUCACACCUACAUGUCCACAGUAGAAGAAGACCAUAUCACUGUGGCCAGUGUGGGGAAACUUUCACCUAUAAAAAUGGGCUUAAGGCACACCUGCGCAUCCACAGAGAAACACACCGAAACAGUUUGAGUGUUACCAAUGUGAACAAAGAUUCUUGCCACACUCUGCUCCCUCCUGCCAUCAACACAGAUUUGAAUCGUUGCCUGGACCAAACAGUACCUGAGCAUCAGAUGACAACAAGAAACACAGUGUCUGAACCAGCAGCACCGACUUCUUCUGACAAGAACAUCAAACUUAAAACCCUCCAGAUCAGACUCCAUAGAGUCCAGAUGUAAGGCACACCUAUGCACCCACAGAGGAGAAAAACCAUAAGAUUGUGACCGGUGUGGGAAGGCUUUCAGAGAGAGAGAGAGAGAUACUUUAUUAAUCCUGAGGGAAAUGCAAGUA